AGUAAUACUCGGCACGCGGACUAAAGAUGUCGUCGCGGGCAAACAGAGCCGGUGGCGAACAAACCACCGCUUUGAUGACAGGAGAAGAAGCGCCUGGAAAAACAACGGCAUGUUCGGGAUUUCGCUAUGUUAUACUAAUCACUAGCGCCUUAUGUCUAACAUCACUUCUAUCCAAUAUGAAUACAUAUAAUUUCACGAAAAUUUGUAUGGUACCUAAGAAUGACUCAGUGACAGCCGAAUUGGAUGCUUCGAAGCAAUACAACAAACUUCAACAAAGUUGGCUACAGGCCUGUGUAGCCAUUGGAGCAUUGGCGGCAUCGAUACCGUACACCUACAUGUUCCAGCGUUACACUAAGAAAUGGGUGUUUUUGUCAGCUGGUAUUAUAUCUUUCUUCUCCACUAUCCUCAUCCCCACUGCUCAUGAGUAUGGUUUUAACUACUUCCUACUUCUUAGAACUUUCCAGGGUAUUGCUUUCUCCGCUACUUUCCCAGUUAUUGGAGCUGUAACUGCCGAUUGGGCCACUCUAACUCAACAUGGACUGUUCUGUGGUCUACUUACUGGAUGCACCCAACUCAGUCAGGUGUUCACCAUGCCAGUGUCAGGCACUUUGUGCACAUCAAGGUGGGGAUGGCCGUCUGUUUACUAUGCUCAUGGACUUUUCACAUUCAUCUCGUUCUGUUUCUGGAUCCUUCUCUACAAGGAUACACCCGAAGAGCAUAAGUUCGUUGGCUCUGCUGAGCUGAAACUUCUACAAGCUGGCAAGGGGAAAAAGAAGGUUGAAAAAGAAAAACUACCAUAUAAAGCUAUGCUGACGUCAAAAGUUUUAAUUGGUGCAUGGAUCGCAGCUUUUGGUGACUUGCUAGCUGUACAGCUCGUUACUAUGUUUAAUCCACAGUAUGUGAACGACUACCUCAGGUACAAUGUAUUCAAGACGGGUUUCCUUGCCGCUCUUCCGGUUGUCGUUCAGUUCUUCCUCAAACUUACAGGUGGUGUUACCAGCGACAAGUUGACGAUGUUCGAUGAAACUUUCAAAGUUCGACUUUUCAACUCACUGGCCCUUGGAGCAUCCGCAUUCUUCUUCAUCGUUUUAGCUUUCAUCAGACGAGAGCAUAAUGUUGCAGCAAUGGUUGUCCUUGUUUUUGCUGAAAGUUUGCUCGGAUUGAACACUGCUGGUUUUAACAAAUGCAUUACAUUGCAUUCCAGGCAGUUUGGACACUUUGGCAUGACACAGAUCAUGAACAUCUGGGCUGUGACAAUUCUUUUGGAACCGUUCGUUGUAAACGCGAUCAUUGCCGAAAACAGUUACGAAGACUGGCGAAACUGUUUCCUGAUCCACGCCGGCCUCCUGCUCCUCUGUAACGCCGUCUUCUGCUACUGGGCCGAUGCCCGACCUGCCCCUUGGACCUGCGUGCCUACGGACGAGAAAGAUGCCGAGGAGAUGUUGGAGCGAGGCGGUGCGAACGGCGCCAAUGGCGCCAAUGGCGCCAAUGGAGCCCAUGCAGCCAACGACCGGACGCCAAUCACAAACUGAUUGCCUCCUAUACCCAUUUUUUAGAAAGCUGUCCUAUACAACACAUUGGCAAAAAUUUUGCAUGGUCCACUAAUCGAAUCUAGGCUUCCGCUAGGAUUAUAUUUUUUUUAUACCUCUUCUAACCAUGAUGGAGCGCCUUUACAAUAGUCUGUAGUGUGAUACUUUGAUGGCAUUUUGUGUGAUAAGUUGUCUUAAGUUGCAGAGAUUUGGUCAGAGUAUACCGAUUUGCUCAUUGAUUUGUAUUCGAGAUUGUGAACAUAUAUAAUAAAACCAUUA